UGGGCCGGCGCUGCUCGUCACGGUGCCGGACGUUCACGGCGGCUCUAAUUUGUUCUAAUCGGAACGGAACAGCACUUUCAAGAAGAACCUGUCGCAGGUGAACCGAACCUGCGGAGCGUGUCUCAUCCCUCCGAGCUGCUGGUUCGUCUUUAAGCUGCCGGUUUCUCUUCUGGAUCCUUUUCUGUUCGCAACCAGCUGCUGUCAGGAAGAUGGAGCCGAGCGACGAGCAGCGCAGCGCGUCGAGCAGCAGCCAUGUUUUUGUGCACAACCCACACCUGGACACAAUGAAAGACGACAUCCUCUACCACUUCAGUCUGGGAACUAAGACUCAUGACCUUCCAGCGAUGUUCGGCGAUGUCAAAUUUGUGUGUGUCGGAGGCAGCCCCUGGAGAAUGAAGGCUUUCAUCGAGUACAUUGCUGCUGAGCUGGCUAUGGAAGACCCAGAGUCAGAAUACCCAAACAUCUGCGCCGGAACCGACCGUUACGCCAUGUACAAAGUUGGACCUGUGCUCUCCGUCAGUCAUGGGAUGGGCAUCCCGUCUAUUGCCAUAAUGCUGCAUGAGCUGAUAAAGCUCCUCCAUCACGCACACUGCACAGAUGUUACUAUUGUACGCAUUGGGACAUCAGGUGGAAUAGGACUUGAGCCCGGCACUGUGGUUGUUACCAAGCAGUCUGUGGAUGCCACCUUUCUGCCCAAGUUUGAGCAGGUGAUCCUGGGGAAGACGGUGGUGCGCAACACCGACCUGGACCAAGGCCUGGCCGAGGAGCUGCUGCAGUGCAGCAAGGAACUGAACCAGUUCGAGACGGUGAUCGGCAACACCAUGUGUACACUGGACUUCUAUGAAGGUCAAGCCCGUUUGGACGGUGCUUUCUGCGCCUACACUGAGAAGGACAAACAGGACUACCUCAACAGAGCCGGCGAGGCAGGAGUCUGCAACAUUGAAAUGGAAUCAUCGGUUUUUGCCGCUAUGUGCAAACUGAGCGGUCUACGAGCGGCCGUGGUUUGUGUAACGCUACUGGACCGGCUGAAGGGGGAUCAGCUGAGCAGCUCUCAUGAAGUUCUUCGCAACUACCAGCAGCGGCCUCAGAUUCUUGUCGGCAGCUACAUCAAGAAGCAGCUCAAGGCCAAAGCGCAGCGCAGCUAAGUGCAAACUGAUACGCAAGAAUACGUCAAACACUGAAAACAUGAUGCACCGCAAUAGUUUUUUUCUGUUCCUUCUUCACUGAUCACAUGUAGCUUAUAAUAGUUUCACAACAAUCAGGAUAAUUUUUAAUUAUACUUUCUAUUUAUGCGUUGAUUUAGUUGAUUGAGUUCACCUUUAUAAUUAACCAGCAUGCACUGCUUCACUUUUGUUUCCUUUUGUAUUUGACUUCAAUACUAUUUAACUGAGAACUGAAUGUAAUGUAGCAUCCCAAGUCGACCAAACACGUCUUAUUUAAGGCAGUUUUUAUCUGACGGGUAAAGUUUCGGAUCCAUAAAACCUCAUGAGUGUUUGUAAGUCUGACCUCACAAUGGUGCAGCAAGAGGCGCACUUUGACUGUUAUUCGUGAAAUUCUCCUUGUUUCAUAAUGCAAAAAAAAACAACAACACUGAUGCUGAUGCAUUUGUCUCCUGUUGAUGGUUUCAGUUGUUAUAAAACUUGUUUUAUUCACAAUGUCUGUUUUUUGAAAAAGAUUUUGCUUUUGUAUUUUUUUUUCCACUCAGAACCCAAAAAUUGCAACAAAAUGGCAUUUAUUUUGCGAACAGGGUCCACUGUAUGUAAAAUAAAUAAAUAAAACGUAUAAGUUAA